CCCGGAGUCGGGAAAACAAAGAUGGCGCCGUUCCCGGAGGAGGUGGACGUCUUCUCCGCGCCGCACUGGCGCAUGAAGAAACUGGUGAACCUUUACUCGGAGAAGCUCUCCAACACCAAUUUCUCCAACAGCCGAGACUUCCAGUCGCUGCUGACCUCGCUGUACGCCACCUUCACAGAGUUCAAAUCUCACGAGCAGAUUGAGAACGAGUACAUCAUGGGCGAGCUGCAGCAGAGACUACAGGCCCUCUCCGUCUGUAACAGCUCCGUCUCCAACGUCCACUCGGACAACAAACUAUCCGACAUGCUCAGUCUCUUCGAGAAAGGCCUCAGGACCUUCAAGGAUGAGUACGAGCUACUCAACUACAGUCAGCAGCUGAGGGAACGGCUGGACGCUUUCACCCGGGACUUCAUCCCCCACAUGAAGGAGGAGGAAGAGGUUUUCCAGCCCCUGCUGAUGGAGUAUUUCUCCUACGAGGAGCUGAAGGACAUAAAGGUGAAGGUAUUAGCGCGGCACGGGCACGUGGACACUGUGGAGGUCCUGAAGGAGCUGCAGCUGAGGAAUCAAACCGAAGACCCACAGAAACCGGACAAGAACAGUCACAGCAGUAACCGAACACCCCCAGAGCCGGAGCCACCAGCCAACAACACUCACGUCUCCCAGCUGCCGCCCGAGGUGCUGCUGAAAAUCUUUGCCUACCUGAACCCUCUCGAGUUGUGCCGAUCGCGCCAGGUGAACUCUCGCUGGGCGAAAACGGCAGGAACCGCCAGCCUCUGGAGACAUCUGUACCCUGUCGCCUGGGCGAGAGGUGAUUGGUACAAUGGGCCUCCUGGGACCAUCAGCCCGACUGCAGAGUACCCGUGUGAGACAGAGGGGGAGGAUCACCGCCCGAGCUGGGAUGAGGACGCUGACAUCGACGAAUCAGAGGAGUCCCGCCAGGAAGUGUGGCCGCUGAGGAAGGCGCAGCGGGAAGCCCAGCUCCUGCAGGCUCUGAUCCACGAGCUGCUGCCCCAGGUCGGCACCGCUGUCAGGACGCUGGUGUUAGCCUACAGCAGCACCCUCUCCAGCCAAAUGGUUCGGCAAAUCCUCAACAGCUGUCCCAGGCUGCAGUACCUGGACCUGACGCAGACCGCGGUCACCGACUCGGCGUUUAACAGGUGUCGGUCGGGGAGCUGCCGAUCUCUCCAGCACCUGGACCUCUCGGGCUGUGAGCGGGUGACCGACGCGGCCCUGCAUCACCUCUCCCGGGCACUGGGCGAGCUGCCGGAGGACCUAGAGGGCGAGGGUGCCCAGGCCUGGCGCUCCGAGUGCACCUGGGCCCCCCACGGCUGCCACCUGUGCCCGCCUGGAGCCGAGGAUGAGGAAGAGGAGGAGCUGGGCACCCAGGGGGGCGACGCGGGCCAGGUCUGGCUGCUACCCGAGGAGGAGCUCCUGGACAUCGAGGACGCUGGGGGGCUGAGGGUCCACGGGCAAAGGCCAGGGACUGCCCGUCGAGAGGCCCUGCCACCAGCGGGCUCCAUCGCCGCCCGCUGCAUCCGCGACUCGGACUGCCCCCUGGCCCGGGCGCCCUGUGGGCACACCCUCUGUGCUGGUGGGAGCAGGAUGAGGACUCAGGGGACUGUGCUCCCACCACCACCGCAGUGUAACAAGAUGGUACGGACUCAGGGCCCAGGCGCCGGGCGAUGGAGGGGCAGAGCGGAGCCCGAUGCCCGCUCCCUGCGGUUCCUCAGUCUGUCCGGCUGCUUCCAGAUCACCGACCACGGACUCAGGGCGCUGACUCUCCAUGGGGGUCUCCCGUUCCUGGAACACCUCGAUCUGUCGGGCUGCCUGUUCAUCACAGGGCCUGGCCUCCAGGAGUUAGUGUCUGUCUGUCCCGCCCUGAGGGACGAAUAUUUCUUCUACUGUGAUAAUAUCAGCGGUCCACACGCCACCACAGCCAGUGGCUGUCAGAACCUGCAGUGCUCGGUGCGAGCGUGCUGUCGCUCUGGAGAGUGACUCCCUCUUCCCCUGGCCCCCUUCCCCCACUCCCUCUCCUCCCUUGGGGGGUUGGGCUCUCCUGACCUUGUAAUGACACUCAGACCUCCGCCCAGUUGGAGGACUGACAGCGCAGCCCCUUGUAAAUAACCCUCUGGACGAAGCCCCUUUGACUCCCAAACCAAGACCCAAUCUGUCGUGGAGACUGGGGCCUCGCAGGCAUUUCACCCCCUGCCCCCCCUCAAUUCCCCAAGCCCCCUGUCUGCAGUAUCAGUAGGAACGAGCCGUCAACCCCCCCUCCCUCGCUUGGGGCGAGAAACACAGGAACGAGAGUGCCUUGAGUUUGUCAGGGAGAGGGGUGGGUGGGGUGGGGUAGCGCAGGUUAUGUUCACUCGCGACUUCGCUCCCCUCCGAACUCUGUCCCUCCUCACCGCUGCAUCCUCCGACUUGAUGACUUCAUCUCCCCCCUCCUCCAGCCUCACGGUCAGACUCGCUGCUCCUUACCCCUCCCCCCUUUUCUCCCAGACGUGUGCCCUGACCCGCGAAAGGUGUGUACAGAUAUAAAUAAAACUGAACGUGACGAUUGCCAUCAA